GAAGGAAGGAGCUGGGCUAGGCAUGGGCUGAGUAAGCCGAGAACCUCAGCAGAACACAGAAAGACUAAGCAAGGGUCUCUAUAGCUGGGAUACAUAGUCUAGAUUAUCAGGAGAGAGGUUUGAUGGAUCUGAUCAGUUUAUUAGUGUAUAGGGAACUGGUUAAAGGACAGAUGCUAUUAGAGAUAGUUUGGGGUGGGAGAGAACAGUGGGUUUGGAGGAAGAUUUUGGCUAGGAGCCUUGCUGUAGAUUUAGGAGGGGAUGGUGAGACCGCAGGCAGAGAACUCACAGACCAUGCUAAUCCUAGUGUGUUAGCUAGAGCCAGGAUUAAGUGUGGUUCUUGAGAGCAGGGCAACAACAAGGGGCUAGUGUAGGGAGGGAGGGUUUUGUGAAAAAUCCAUGCUAUAGUCUGAGGUAAGUAUUUUAAAAGUGGGAAGACAGCAUAGGUUUUGAUGUUCUGUGUGCCUUCAACUGAAAUAGGAGCCACCAUGAAUAUAACAAAAGGCGGACUCGUGCUGUUUUCAGCUAAUUCGAAUUCUUCAUGCAUGGAACUAUCAAAGAGGAUUGCUGAACGCUUGGGAGUAGAAAUGGGUAAAGUUCAGGUUUACCAGGAGCCAAACAGAGAGACAAGGGUUCAGAUUCAAGAGUCUGUGAGAGGAAAAGAUGUCUUUAUCAUCCAGACUGUUUCAAAGGAUGUGAAUACUACGAUCAUGGAACUCCUGAUCAUGGUGUAUGCUUGUAAAACCUCCUGUGCCAAAAGCAUUAUUGGAGUGAUUCCCUACUUCCCAUACAGCAAGCAGUGCAAGAUGAGGAAGAGGGGCUCUAUUGUCUCUAAACUACUGGCUUCAAUGAUGUGCAAAGCUGGUCUAACUCAUCUUAUUACAAUGGAUUUGCAUCAGAAGGAAAUACAGGGCUUUUUCAAUAUUCCAGUUGACAACUUGAGAGCAUCUCCUUUCUUACUACAGUACAUUCAAGAAGAGAUUCCAGAUUACAGGAAUGCUGUGAUCGUGGCCAAAUCGCCUGCAUCAGCCAAGAGGGCACAGUCGUUUGCUGAGCGCUUGAGGCUGGGAAUUGCUGUCAUUCAUGGGGAAGCUCAAGAUGCUGAGUCUGAUAUGGUGGAUGGUCGACACUCUCCUCCUACGGCCAAAAGCGUAGCUGCAAUCCAUCCCAGUUUGGAGAUGCCCAUGCUGAUUCCAAAGGAAAAACCACCUAUCACAGUGGUUGGAGAUGUGGGAGGAAGAAUAGCAAUCAUUGUGGAUGAUAUCAUAGAUGAUGUUGAUAGCUUCCUCGCCGCAGCCGAGACGCUCAAGGAAAGAGGAGCAUACAAGAUCUUUGUAAUGGCCACCCAUGGCCUGCUCUCUUCAGAUGCUCCAAGGCUGAUAGAGGAGUCUGCUAUCGAUGAAGUUGUUGUCACCAACACAAUUCCACACGAAAUACAAAAACUCCAGUGCCCUAAAAUUAAGACUGUGGAUAUCAGUAUGAUCCUCUCAGAAGCAAUUCGCAGAAUCCACAACGGGGAGUCUAUGUCUUACCUCUUCAGAAAUAUAGGACUGGAUGAUUAACUCUUCUUCUAGACUAAAGGAAAAUACCAUGGGCCAAACUGGAAGUGUACAGGAAAUGAGCUGUAAAGCAUCAUGCUCACCUUCAUAUUGUAUUGAGCCAUUUUUUGUUGGUUUUUUCUUGAUUUUUAAAUUUCAUACAAGAACAGAUUUCAAGAACAAUUUUUUGUUCAGUUUUUGGGGGGGAAAAAAGCAUCUUACAAAAAAUUGUUCUAGUUGCUUAGGUUAGUUGCACUAUAUAUGACAAAAAACACCUGAGGCAAGAAUUUAGGUCGUAACUUAAACAUUCCUUUUUUUUUCCCCAAAGCUGCUUGCUACAAGUGCUUUAAAGUUAAUAAAAUGAAGUGACUGUAUAAUAUUUGCAUUUUAAAAGCCAAAAAGGUUGUACUGUUGUAUGCAGUUCAGUGACAUUUUGUAGAAGUGCUUUUAUAGAAAAGCAUAUGAAAUAUGCACCUGUAUUUAUUUUCUGCAACAAAGAAUAAAGAUUUGUUUUGUGUGACCUUUUUAAAAAAACAAACAAA